AUGUCAACUCGUCGACACACGGAUAGUGAAGAAGAACCAGCAACACCAACAAGUGCUCCACCACCAAAUAAACGCUGUAAUAUGGAGGAAAAUGGAUCAGAGGCUUUCAUAUUUGACGAGGUAUGUGGUUUUGAAAAUAAUUUUUUAGCUCGAAAAUUCGGAUUUCCAGCCGAAAUUGUCUGAAAAAUGUGGCCCAACAAUGCGAAGAUUUCGAGAGAAACAAGUGAGAAAUAUAAGUUUUGCAAUUCCCGAAGGUUAUAAUUAUGAUAAAUUAGAAUAUCUCGGCGGUGGAACUUAUGGAAAUGUUAUGUAUGUUUGAGUUUUUUUUAAGUUCAAAAAAUCAGGAACAUUUUCAGAAAAACGACGUUUAAGCGUGAAAAUGGAAAAGAACAAACUGUUGCUAUUAAAAAACUUCGCGAACCAUUUCACGAUCCACAACAGGCUCGGAAAAUUUAUCGAGAAAUCGAGUUAUUACAACUAAUGAGACAUGAUAAUAUUAUUUGUGCAUUGGAUGUCUAUUCACCUAAUAAUUUUGAAAAUUUCAAAGAUAUGUAAGUUUUUCAGAAGAAAAAAUAAUACAGAAAAAAUAACUUGAUUUUUGUAUCGAAUUUUUUUAUUUUGUAGAUAUAUUGUUACUGAAUAUGCUGGUCAAUCUCUAUUUCGAGUUUUGAAACAUCAAAGAGAUCGAAGUGUUCAAAUUCUCAAAGCAGAUCAUGUUAAAUUUAUAACAUAUCAAUUAAUUCGAGCUCUAAAAUAUAUUCAUUCUGCAAAUGUGAUUCAUCGAGAUUUGAAACCUGGAAAUUUGGCACUAACAGAUGAUUGUGAUUUGACUGUAUUGGAUUUUGGAUUAGCUAGAACAUUGGAAAACGCUGAUACAACAUUGACAACUUAUGUGCAAACACGGUGGUAUAGAAGUCCGGAAGUUAUUUAUUGGAAAUUUGGAAGUUAUAGUAAUUCUGGUGAGAAUUUUAAUAUUUUUGGAUUUUUCGAAAUUGAUAAUUUUUUAGCCGAUAUGUGGUCCGUUGGAUGUAUUGCUGCUGAAUUACUAACAGGCGAACCAUUAUUCCCAGGAGAUGAUGCUAAUCUACAAUAUCAGCGAAUAACUCAACUAUGUGGAAGUCCUUCCGAAGAUUUGCUGAAUAAAAUUGAACGAGAUAAUUCAGCAGCAAUGCGACAAGUUAUUCAAUCUUAUAAACAACACAAAAGACAAGAUUUCAAAGAAUACUUCAAAGAACACAGACCAUCAGAAGACUUGAUCGAUUUUCUGGAAAAGAUAUUAGUGUUAGAUCCGGAACGUCGGCUGAGUGUUGAAGAAGCAAUUGCACAUCCAUAUUUAGCUGAAUUCUCAUUACCUGAUGAUGAACCAAGUGCUGGUAGACAUUUCGAUUUAAAUGAUGGAAUUAUGAGAACUGGAUCUGAAUGGAAGAAAAUUAUAUGGGAACAAAUUAAAAAUUUUCAACGACUUGAAACGUCGCCAAAAGUGCCACAAGAUUAA